UGAACAAAGAAAAAGCCAAAAUGGGAACUAAUCAACACCCUGAGCCACAGAAACAUGAGGCUACGAAAUUUCCCCCGUUCAUCUUGUAAAGCAACCAUGCCAUUCAAGCUUCUCUAUAUCUCUAAUGGCAUCCACCACUGCCCCGCAAGCUUUAUAUUCUCUCUUACUCAGGACCCAAAACGCCUGCCAAUCCCAUAAAGACCAGCAUCAACUACUGAUAAGAAGAGCCACAACGAGAAGAAAACACAAGAAUCAGUUUCGUGCUUUGGCCGCAUCAAAAGGACCUCAAAAGCGCCAAAGAGCACCCCCAGGAGUAGAUACAAGAAUCCAUUGGGAAAACCCAGAUGAAGGAUGGAUUGGAGGAAGCAGCAGCACUUCGCAGCAGCGCUUGAAUGCAGAAGAAGAGCAGAAGAAUCUCUUGGGUGACAAGUUCGCUGAAUUGCUUAAAGAUGCUUCUGGUUCUCAUUACCAGUUCUUAGGUGUAUCAGCUGAUGCAGAUUUGGAAGAGAUUAAAGCAGCUUACAGGAGGCUAUCAAAAGAGUACCAUCCAGACACAACUUCACUUCCACUAAAGUCUGCUUCAGAAAAGUUCAUGAAAUUGAGACUAGUUUACGAUGUAUUAAGCAACGAGGAGAAGCGCAAGUUCUAUGAUUGGACACUUGCUCAGGAAGCUGCAAGCCGUCAAGCAGAGAAACUGAGAAUGAAAUUGGAAGACCCUUAUCAGCAAGACUUGGACAACUAUCGAUCUGUUCCAGACAUGGUUGAUCGCCUUGGAGGAAGAAACAUGGAGCUUAGUGAUCAAGCAGUCUCAGCCAUCACUAUUGAUAUCUUUAUUAUACUUUUUGCAAUUGGUUGUAUCAUUUAUGUCAUCUACUUCAAAGAACCUUAUUAAUAACUUUGCAUGCGUAUAUACAUAUAGAUUGAGCUUUCAAAUUAAUUAGUUCGAAUGUGUUAAAUC